UUUGCUUAUACUGACUGUCAUCUGAUCGUUUCCCCACGGUCACAAUUUAGAGUGGCGCGCUUUCCGGAAGUAGGAAGCGUCUCGCGCUGUUCCGUCAAACAUCCGCUACGGCGAGUCGCCUCGCACCUCGAAAGCUGAUUCCUACUCAUCGUUCCACGUCGCUGUCCUGUUCGCCGCCUUUCCUGUAGCCAUGUGGCGGACGAAAUACCUGCUUAUCGCGCAGACGGCUUGGACGUUCUGGAUCCUGCUCAGCGAUGCGGACGCCAUCGAUAACGACACCAUCUCGAAUGUGACCAAUACUCUGAGGGCGGAGCGGAACAGCACGAACACGGACCGGAGAGGCUUCAUUCCGGCGGGCUUCAGCGUGAACGGCUCGAUGAUACAGCGGACACUCUACGUGGUCACAGGCAUCACGGUUAUCGGCCUGCUUUACUUCCUCGUGAGGGCGGUUCGGGUGAAGAAAACUUCAACCCGCCGGAAGAAGUAUGGGCUUCUUUCGAAUUAUGAUGACAACAUGGAGCUGGCGCACCUGGAGAGUGAUGAGGAGGACAUGACGGUUUACGAGGCCAAAGCUCUGAGAAGAUGAUCUGCGCCAUCAAAAAGUGAAGUUGCUCAGAAGACUGGAAAGCCACGAACACAUUCCCUGGUUUCCUUGUUCAACACACGCGCCGGAUUUUGAGAUUCCAUCCAUCUUCCGGCCCAUAACUGACGAAAAUGAUUUUUCAAAUCGCUGAUAAUUUUUUUUCUAUAAUCAACUUUAACAUGCGUGCCACGCCGGGUCGGGUGUGGAGGUUGUGGUGACUUUUUGCUGCAGCUUACAUGAUUCUUCGGGUGCUGCAAGCUGUGGAGGGCUUUGGAGUUUGUUUCCUGUGCCAAAGCUGCUGCGUUGAAAAUGUGCCGAUUCAUCCAAUGCUCUAGAAGAGGGCAGCCCUUACAGUAUCUUAUGGCCUUAAAAUUCUCUGUUUUGACAUUAUACUCUUGCCUUCUUUGAUUCGUUUUGUCCUUGACAUCAUGGAGUGGUGUCGUAUGUUUUCUUAUCUUUUCUCUUGAUAUAAGCAGGCUUGCAUGCCUGUGUGUGUGUGUAGCUAAUGCUGGGUUUGUUCCUUUUUUUUUUUUUUUAUUUAUUAUUUUUUUUAAAAGCUCUGCUGUGUUUUUCAUACUGAUGCUCUCCUGAACACUCUGCUCAGGCCGAGAGAGCUCUGUAUGCAGGUAUGCCCAGCAGCUGUCUGGGUGUUCAGCCUCCUUGUUUUUCUCUGUAGAUCUGAACGCUGUAACAGAACAAGAAAAAAAUGGAUUUUCAGAGUUUGAAACACAAAACGGCUCAGGCUCCCCUAAGCCCCUUGUGGAAGAUCCCCCCCUCCCCCUUUUGAAGUAAAACACACACACACUUUUUUUUUGGCCCACCGCCUGCUCACUGACUCGCGACGAAAGCGUUUUGUGCCAGUCCCCACGUUUAUCCCGUACUUUUGGUUCUCCACUCACUUCACCAGCUUAACCUUUCGGUUUACCUGUUCUACACCAUGUAGGUGGUUAUCUGCAGUGGUGCGGGGAAGCCGAUGAGGGGGAGUUCUGUUGGUGCCAUGUGACUUUCUGCAAGUCUGCAGCUAGUAGUGAGCAGUAACAUCAGUAUAGCCAUUAGAUUAUAGUAAGAAUGCACUUCCCGGUCCAUGUUGACAAGAGACAACUGGCAUUUUCCAUUCUCUAAAUGUAGGGGACUGACCCUCAAACAGGGUCCGGGGUCCAGUGUCAGUGAUAUGAACCCCUGUCCUCCACCCUGGUAAAGAACCUCACGAGUGCACACAAUCCUGCGGGGUACAGUGGUGUUUGACACCGCCAUCAACACUGUUAAUUGGAUUAUUUGUUUAUUACGGGUGCCUCAUCUCAGGGCGGAGGUUCGCCUGUAAUUUUAAUUAGGUGUGACUGUCCCACGGCAUAGGAGGUGACGGCUGAGGAAGCCGCCAGGCGAGGUGUGGCCUCUGGAACCCCAGACCAUCCCUGAAGGCAUCUGCCUGGCUGCCUGCCUGCCUGCCUGCUCUGGGAGAGCCGCUAGCUCACAGACAGGGCCUUGGCUCACAGCCUCACUGCAAGACAAACGAUCAGGUCGCAGUGGUGUCUGGCUGCGUCUCUCGGCAGAGGUUUGUAGUACAGUUACGAUGUCCAUUGACUCCACGCGUGCCUUUAUUUUAUGUUUACUAAGUGGCACUGAGUGCAAAGAUGUUUUUGUCUGGGAUUGUGGGUCCGGUAGCCGGACCUGAUUCAGAGUCAUGGUCUUUGCUUGGGGGUCUCACCUUGGGCUGUGCAUAUAACAAGGGCACUACUUAAGACUUCUGCCGGACGGCCAUUUCUAGGCCUUUCCUCGCCCACACAUAGUGUCGCUCCUCGUGUUUUUCGGAGAAUGUAAAUGUCUGUCUCCCUGGGCUUGUGUCUUAUCGGUUACUUUUUAAUUUAAAUGGUAUCUGAGUGAAUCGCUGUAUCUCAUGUGACAAUAUACAAUUUUCAGUAUAACAUAAAUUGUGUAAAAUUGUCUGUUUUGUAUUUUGCUUGACAGAAGUGAACAAGUAUCUGAUAUAAAAUUAUGCCAAAUGUUUGUGUGAUGCUUGAUUUGGACACGGGAUAGAACUAUUCCCGAUGCACCUUUUAACCACGAUGUCACAUUCCAUCAGAUUAUUUGUGGAUUUAAAAAAAAAUCGUAUCAUGAAUAACUGUUUGCACAAUGGGGCCAAAUGUAUUUUGCUUUGAUGAAGAAUGUCUGCGUUUCUUUGGAAAGUUCUAUGCUUUUGGACUCUGAGAGGCUGUGCCUCUCACCUUGAAGGCCUUUGGGUGACACUAUCUUGUGCUUAAUGCAUUUUGCUCUUUUCCCCUUUUCUAAUAAAAUGUAAGCCGUG